CGAAAACCCCUCUCCUCCGACUUUGCAGCUCCAGCCCCCCGGUCGAGCCGCUGUGUCUCUCUGUUGCUCGCUCCUGCUAGGAGAAUGGGCGCAUAAUCUGGAGUUCUCUCUCUCUCCAACGCCCAACACAGCUCGCUGUCUCUGUCUCCCCAACGCCGUCCUCGUUGUAGCUGUGUUCUCUCCUUGAACUACAUCAGAAAUCAGAGCCCAGUCUUCGUUAUUCAAGGCUGAGGUCGCUCUGCUUUUCGUCAACAGGUUUAAGGUCUUGACAAUUGAAAGUAUUCGGAUCUCGCACAGCUUAGUUUUCAUUAGGUUAUAAGUAAUGGACAAGAGUUGGAUGAUGAUAAGAAGAAAUAGGUUGGCACGUAGAGAGUAUAACAUAGGGGUGGAAUCUUUCCUACAAUUUGCAAUGGAGAAUUUAGGACCACAGCUUGAGAUUCGGUGUCCAUGUAAUGAUUGUCUAAAUGGCAGAAAACAUAGCUUUGCAGUUGUUAAGAUCCAUUUGAUACGGAAAGGAUUUGACUCUUCUUACAAGACUUGGGUGCACCAUGGGGAAUCUGUUCCCGCAUCUCAAGCAUAUGAUGAUGACCAUCAUGACCCCAAUGAAGGUAUUGGGGAUGAAACUAGAGGAGAGGUCCCUAAGGAUGGCAACCAAUUGCAAAAUAUGUUGGAACAGGUCUUUGUUGGUGGCCUCUUGGAUGACGAUAGCGAUGAAUUGCCUGCUAAUCUUGGGAGGGGCAAUGUUUGGAGUUUCGAUAAGUUGUUCAAUGCUGCUCAACGUAAAAUUUAUCCUGGAUGUGAAAAGACAGUGCUAACAUUUAUUGUUGAGAUGCUUCAUGUUAAAGUCUACAAGAAGAUGCCGAAUGACACGUUCCAUAUUAUGAUGAAUGUUAUUAAAGGGAUGCGAUCAGACUAUGAUAAGGCUAUUCCUUGGAACACUUAUGAAGCGAAGAAAUUCUUAAGGGAUUUGGGUUUGGGAUAUGUGCCUAUUCAUGCAUGCAUAAAUGACUGCGCACUCUUUUGGAAGGAGAAUGAAAAUAUGGAAAAUUGCCCAAAGUGUAAUGAGCCUAGGUACAAGGUGAACGAUGAUUGCAUCAUGCCUCCUGGAUCAAAAAAGAGCAGUGCAUCCUCCAACUCAACUGGCACAUUGCAUAACACUACAGCAGCACGAGUUGAAACAGCAACUACAACACCCGCUUCAGAGAUUCUGACACCUACUCCUUUGACUGUUGCAUCUCCUUCUACUCAUGGUAGCGCUUCAGGUGCACCUUCAGCAAAGCGGCGGCGUGUGCGAGGGCCAACACGUGGAAAAAGAAUUCGAAGGAUAAUUGCUGAGAAUAAAGGGGAGAGGAUCUCAGCUUAUGUGACGCCGAAAAUGAGAGCAUUUUGUGGAAUAAAUGCAACCAAAGUGGCGAGUGAACUAGGGACACAAAUUAGGUGGAUAUGUCCUAUUCAGGGAUUUUACUCCUCGUGGUUAAAUGUUGAUGAUGGGAUCAAACGUAACAUCCUACAAGCUGUCCGGGACAAAUUUAAAGUCACCCAAAAUGACGUUGAGGGCACAGAGUUAGUAGAGCAAAUUUUUCAUGAAAAGGCAAAUCUAAUCUACAAAGAUUGGAAAUGGAGAAUGAACAAUUUCUAUACAAAGACAUUGGAUGCUGGCUUAGACGCGUAUCAACAUCCUUUUCAAGCGAUGCCCAAAGAUGACUGGAAGUACAUGAUCGAUCAUGUAUUCAAGGAUCCAAAUCGAGAGGCCCGCAAAAAAGCUGGCAAAUUAAAUAGGGAGGCUGUACCGUAUGGUCAUACUACGGGCUCUCGAUCCUUUGCUGCCGUGUUGACUUUUGCGGCUGAUCGUGAAGAGCAAAGAAUUGCCAAUGAGGGAAAUGAUGCUACUGGAAACGACAAUGAGCCAAACAGUAAUGAGGGGAGCGGUAAUGAGGGAUGAAAGAAGCUCGAUAUAUGUGAUUUGUUUGAGGCAUCACAUAGAUUGAGAGAUACAAACGAAUGGAUCAAUUCAAUAUGCAAAGACAAACAUGAGAUGAUGGUGGCAACACGUGACGAGGCAGCUCUGUCUGGCACUCCACUAUCAGCUGAAGAACUUUCAAUAAAGUGCCUCGGGGAGUCGAAGACAAAGAACUACAUACGAGGAUUAGGGAAUGGGCCAAAGCCAUCUACCUAUCUUUCCAAAUCCAACUCACAGUCAGCACGCCAGGACCAGCUGCAAAAACUUCAAUGUGAGUUGGAUUUAAUUCGUGAAGAGCAAAGAAGAGAGAGGGAAGAGGAGAAGACGCGAAGGGAGGAGGAACAAAGACGACACGAGGAGGAACAAAGACAACGUGAGGACAAGUAUGAGGAGGAUAAAAGGCGGUGGGAGGAGACACAAAGACGACAAGAUGAGGAGCGGUCUAUACUUCUAAAAGAGAUGGAGGUAUUCAAAAGCUUUAUGAGCCAAAUGCAAAAUGGUGGGCGAGGCAACAUGGGAGCUGGGUGAUGGUGGCUCAAAUAUAUGGGACGGCGUUUUAAUGGAGUAUCGUGCAGGAUGUUGGUUAUUGACUAUGAAGAUUUUGGUUGUGGUCGUGCUUGGAUUUUUUUUGGUUAUCCGUUUGUUCAAGUACUCGUCCACGAGGUUUGGAUAAAUUGUCUCUGAGCUUGGAUAUA